CAACUUCUUACUUCCACUCACUCUUCCAAUUUUCCAGAGGCAGCGUCGUCCAAGACCAAAAUGGCGCGUCAACGGAAAGAGCCCAAGGCGAAAGACGUUCCUCUUUCUCAGCCGGACCGUUCUGGUCCCAAGGGGCCAACCCUGCUCGACAUUGCCCAGGAGAAGAAUCUCUUUGCUCAAGCCACGGCUCGUGAACGUGCGCUCAAGGCGGAGAAGCGGGCGAGCGGCGAGGAUAUCGACGGUCAGACGCUGAGUCCGCAAGCAGAGAGGGUGUUGGAAACGCUACUGUGGACCUUGACGCUGGCUCUGCUUCACUUGACCUUUGACGUGCUUGUGCAGCAUCAGUAUGGAACCGAGGUCGAGUGGAGCAGUGCGAAUGAGCGAUUGCUGCCCGGCUUGCCCAUGAGAUACCAGCAACAUCUCCGCCAAGUCAUUUUCACCAUAGCGAGUGUUGCGGCCGGCUGCUACUUGAUCCAUAUCAGCAACGAGUUUGGCUAUCUGGCGGUCAUGAAGCAAGCACCGCCAUUGGGAUGCAUCUGGGUGUGGUCUGUCAUUGAGCUCGACCUGCCUUGGGCCGUGCUCAGUCUCGCGGUAGCGGGAGGCUAUCUGUGGUAUGGAGGGUACAGCGUUUAUUGA